AUGACAGAAGACAAAAAGCCAUUGUUGGAUGCCUCUGGCGCCAGCCACAGUGAAGAUAAAACUGCGACUGCGAUUUUAAGAAGAAAAAAGAAGGACAAUGCCUUGAUUGUCGAUGACGCCACCAAUGACGAUAACUCGGUCAUCACCAUGUCUUCGGCCACAAUGGAACUUUUAGAAUUGUUCAGAGGUGAUACUGUUUUGGUCAAGGGUAAAAAGAGAAAGGACACUGUCUUGAUUGUUUUGGCCGACGACGAUAUGGAACCUGGUGUUGCACGUGUCAAUAGAUGUGUUCGUAACAACUUGAGAGUCAGAUUGGGUGACAUUGUUACAAUCCACCCUUGCCCAGAUAUCAAGUAUGCCAAUAGAAUUUCCGUUUUACCUAUUGCUGACACGGUGGAGGGAAUUACCGGUUCCUUGUUUGAUGUCUACUUGAAGCCAUAUUUCGUCGAGGCGUACAGACCUGUUCGUAAAGGCGAUUUGUUCACUGUGAGAGGCGGAAUGAGACAGGUUGAAUUCAAAGUGGUUGAUGUUGAUCCUGAAGACUACGCCAUUGUCGCACAAGAUACUAUUAUUCACUGUGAGGGUGAACCUAUCAACCGUGAGGAUGAGGAAAACAACUUGAAUGAGGUUGGCUAUGACGACAUUGGUGGUUGCAAGAAGCAGAUGGCUCAAAUUAGAGAAUUAGUUGAGUUGCCUUUGAGACACCCACAAUUGUUCAAGUCCAUUGGUAUCAAGCCACCAAAGGGUAUUUUGAUGUACGGACCUCCUGGUACUGGUAAAACCAUCAUGGCUAGAGCAGUUGCCAACGAAACAGGUGCAUUCUUCUUUUUGAUCAAUGGUCCUGAAAUUAUGUCGAAGAUGGCCGGUGAAUCCGAGUCCAACUUGAGAAAAGCAUUUGAAGAAGCCGAGAAGAACUCCCCUGCUAUUAUCUUCAUUGACGAAAUUGAUUCCAUUGCCCCAAAGAGAGACAAGACGAAUGGUGAAGUUGAAAGAAGAGUGGUUUCCCAGUUGUUGACUUUAAUGGAUGGUAUGAAGGCCAGAUCUAAUGUUGUUGUGAUUGCUGCCACUAACAGACCAAACUCCAUUGACCCAGCCUUGAGAAGAUUCGGCAGAUUCGACAGAGAAGUUGACAUUGGUGUUCCUGAUGCUGCAGGUCGGUUGGAAAUCUUGAAGAUUCACACCAAGAACAUGAAAUUGGCAGGUGACGUCGACUUGGAGGCUAUUGCUUCUGAAACCCACGGUUUCGUUGGUGCUGACGUGGCAUCCUUGUGUUCUGAAGCCGCUAUGCAGCAGAUCCGUGAAAAGAUGGAUCUCAUUGAUUUGGAAGAAGAAACCAUCGACGCCGAGAUUUUGGAUUCUUUGGGCGUUACCAUGGACAACUUCAGAUUUGCUUUGGGUAACUCCAACCCAUCUGCCUUGCGUGAAACUGUUGUUGAAAAUGUCAACGUCACCUGGGAUGACAUUGGUGGAUUGGACGGCAUCAAGAACGAAUUGAAGGAAACUGUUGAAUACCCAGUCUUGCACCCAGAUCAAUACCAGAAGUUUGGCUUGGCUCCUACGAAGGGUGUUUUGUUCUUUGGCCCACCUGGUACAGGUAAAACUUUGUUAGCUAAAGCUGUUGCAACCGAAGUUUCUGCCAACUUCAUUUCUGUUAAAGGCCCAGAAUUGUUGAGUAUGUGGUACGGUGAGUCUGAGUCCAAUAUUCGUGAUAUUUUCGAUAAGGCUAGAGCGGCCGCCCCUACUGUGGUCUUUUUGGAUGAGCUAGACUCUAUUGCUAAGGCAAGAGGUGCUUCCCAAGGUGAUGCUGGUGGUGCUUCUGACAGAGUUGUCAAUCAAUUGUUGACCGAGAUGGACGGUAUGAAUGCAAAGAAGAAUGUGUUCGUCAUUGGUGCGACUAAUAGACCUGACCAAAUUGACCCAGCAUUGUUGAGACCAGGUAGAUUGGAUCAGUUGAUUUACGUCCCAUUGCCAGAUGAGCCAGCGAGAUUGUCCAUUUUGCAAGCUCAGUUGAGAAACACUCCAUUGGAGCCUGGCUUGGACUUGAACGAAAUUGCCAAGAUUACGAAUGGUUUCUCUGGUGCUGAUUUGUCCUACAUUGUGCAAAGAGCUGCUAAGUUCGCGAUCAAGGAUUCCAUUGAAGCACAAAUUAAGCUCUCGAAGGCAAAGGAGCAAGAGGUGAAGCAGGAAUCUUCUGACGACGUCGAAAUGACCGACAAGUCUAAGGCCGAAGAAGAAGAAGAGGAGAUAGAAGACCCUGUUCCUUUCAUCACAAGAGCACAUUUCGAAGAGGCUAUGAAGACUGCUAAGCGUUCUGUUUCUGAUGCAGACUUGCGUCGUUAUGAAGCAUAUGCGCAACAGCUACAAGCUUCCAGGGGCCAAUUUUCCAACUUUAGAUUCGCUGAGAACGCCGGUGCAGGUGCUAACGUUGGUCAGGAUACCCUUGCUCAAGAGGCUGAAGAAGACGACUUAUACAGCUAG